AUGUGCAUCUGCGGGCCGGAAGUGUACGUCAUUCCCGCGUACGCACCGGCAGAUUCGACCGGGUCGGUCUCGCAGCAUUUUCAAAUCCUCCACGGACUUUCGACAUCUCCCAUGCGCAAUUUGGCCAAAUGUUUUUUCAAUGGCUGCACGAACGACGCCGUCCUCGGAUCGUGGAAAUGCAUGUUUCACUUCCACAGGUUCCGCUGCUCCGUGGCCAAGUGCCGCAAUCAGGUUUAUGCGCGUGGUCGGUGCGUGCGACAUGGGGGAAAGAAACUAUGCGACGUAGACGGGUGUGGCAUGAAUCGCCGCCUCGGACGCUAUUGUGUCAAGCAUGGGCCCCCGACAUCGAUCAAGCUUUGCUCCGAACUCGGAUGUGACAAGCAUGCGCAUUUGCACGGCAAGUGUGUCCGUCACGGCGGAGGCCGGCGGUGUUCGGUUGCAGGAUGCUCGUCCCACGCACGAGGCCGACCAUUUUGCAUUCGGCAUACUCCGUCCAAGCUCAAACCGAGCGAGAGCGACGAGGACAAUGCGAGCAGCAAUUGUGGAAGCGUCGACGACGCCAUUUUGGAUCUCCUCCUGCAGCAAACAACUCCCAAAUUCACAGACGAGUACCCUGGCCCAUUGCUAGAGUGGACGUCGGUAUUCCACGUGAUCGACGAAGCCAUCAAGCUCGACGAUUUCAGUUGCCCGUCCUAUUUGCGUCCCCCCGUCCACCCGUAA